AUGGCUGCAGCCGGACUCUACAAAUUAGAUGUGGGAGACAGUUACCCCGCCAAUUGUUUUCCCAUCCGACCAUUCUUUCAUCAACGAAAAGAAGGUAUGAAUUCACCACUCUCCACCAACAAUAUUAUUCACUGUUCGCUGUAGUCUUAUCACUUCACUGAUAGGCCUAUUGAAUGGCAUUUGAUUCAUCUAUCCAAGACUGUCUGUAAUAAAAUAAUUCUGCAUUGUGCUUGCUUUCUUGUGAUUCUUUAGGGGCGGGUCACUGGCUGGUUGCUCACAGAAAUGCAGUGGAACAUAAAUACAAGAAUGCACAAACUAAGAAAUCAGAGGGACACAGUUUUGCCUCAAACUCAAUUGUGUCUGAGUGCACACGGGUUGACAAGUCUGGGACAUCAGAUAUUCCUGGCUAUACAUUGGAUGCUCAUCUCCUGGUAAGCAAAGAACACAUUUGGUUUACAACUCUUUUUCAUUUGAGAAAAAACCGCAAACCCAUGCCAGGAAGCUGAUGACAAAGUAACAAUGAACAAUGUAUCUAUGAAAUAAUAUAUUUAUUCUCAUUAGUUAAUAAAAAGUAACUAUUUUGAGAUUUGUUUCAUAUUGCCUUGUAGUUGUCAUUGCAUUGUGUGGACAAGCCAUCUGACCUGUGCUCUGUUGACAUCAGUGAGCAGAGAUUGCAUUUGGUAAGCUUUGCUCUUUGAGAGAUUAACUGAAUUUAGUGUUGGAUUAAUUCAAACAGUCUUAGCAUUCCAAGGGGAGAGAGUUUAUAGGUAGACACAUAGCUUCAUUAAGUUCAGUCAUGUUUGAAGUUUUUCUCUCUUCCUUCAACAGAUCAAUACAGAAGAUUUACUAGAUUUUGAGAACGUUGCUUAUGUCAACGCAUCUGACAACAGUCUUACCAUAGGUAUCAUAUCAUGUCAUUAUGUUUAAAAAAAAAACGUUUUAUCAUUAAACAUCUUAGACAUAAACGUUUAUUUGAACAGAAUAGAAAAGUAACAACAAAAAAAUAUUUUCUGUUUCAGAGCCUUUUGGUAAAUUCCCCUCCCUGAGGGAACUUGAGCUAUCCUUGAAUGGCCUCUGCAAUGUGACACUCAAUGCUGAGGAUUUCCCUCACCUGGAGGUAAAAUUACUAUGGUUCUACAAUACCCUGUACUCUCAUGAUUAACAUGUCGGCAAAGGUUUUUUGGAAAGGCAGGUAAAUUCAUUGUUUAUGCCAGAUGUUUUUUGAUGUUCUAAUUGAAUCACUACACUGACUUGGAUUGAGACGGAAUUACCUUCAACUCUGCCAACUAAAUUAUGUUUAGCUGUAUUUCAUUUGACACAGGUGUUGGAUUUGGCCUACAACAAUCUGUCUGGUGAUGACAUCAUGUCCAUUGGUCUACUUCCCUGUCUGAAAGUCCUUCAUCUCACCGGGAAUCAGCUUCAGGCUCUUCCCCCCAACCUGGCAGCCCCUCGCCAUGGCCCCUCACAGCGGUAAGUUUAUGUUACUGGAAUCAAAUCAUUUUUAUUGUAAAUAGUCAACUUUUUACUGUGGGUAUGUGCAGUUUUCUGGUUUAGUUCACCCAGUCAUUGAUUAAACAUUCCUACUCAACAGGGUUUAACCACAGGAAUGAAAUUAGUGGCUUCCUGAUGUGCAAGUGUUCAGAAAUGUGGCUCUUGUGAAUUGUUAUCUGGUUAAAGUUUAUGGUGUAGUACCCUACAUGCCAUUGGGUGGCAGUAUAGAAUGACAAAGAAGAGAGAUUUACAUUAUGUCUUGUCAUACACUUUUGCACGGAAUACCUGCAAACAGUGAUGGACAAUACACACUUAAGUAAUUUUAUGAAAACUAUAAGUAUAUGGAAUAAUAAACUCAUAUUUACUCCUACUGAAUAGGGCAAAGGAUAAUGGCAUGCGAUUUCAAACUCUUGAAGUGCUGAUGCUAGAUGACAAUAAGCUGUCCUCUGGUGUCUUCAGCAGCCUUGCCAACCUGAAAAGGUCAGUCAUUGUUUAAAAACUUAGUACUAGUACUGUCCACAGUAUGUUAAAUUAAGAAAAUAGCCCAAUACAUUACAGUGCAUAAUACACACCUACCUGUAUACCUACUGUAUCUAUCUGUAAACUGCCAUGGUAAUAUGUCAUGUCCAUUUUAGACUACAGCAUUUAAACCUGCAGGGGAAUCACAUCUCAGAGGUACCAGAGGUGUUGCAGAGGAACCUGCAACAGAAGGGAUAUUUGCAACACCAGCAGGUGUUUCACAAACAAAAUAGUGACGGACAGGACCUCGGGAAUCACUGUGUCUCUGAGGGGUUAGAGACUGAAUACAUGAAUGGUUGGUAUGCUAUAUUUUCAAAAUAACGUAGCUGGCUUGUACACUUCUUUGGACAAUAUUCAUUUGUUUACUAUAUCUUAAAUCUAGCCCUCUCCGAUGUUCCGAAACACCUGCAUGAACAUGUCAAGAACAGUUCAGAGGUACAAAGUUGUUAUGGUGAUUUUUUAUCACUUCUUUGUGCUUUUAUUACUUCUCCAUGCUCUAUAACACUAACACUUGCAACUUGUUGCUCUUUUUUCUGCGUGUUCUUUCUCCUAUAGGAUGAGUGUGGUCAAUCCAAAAACUAUAACCCCAUUCACAUAUCCCUUGACACUGAGGAAUUUUCUGGAGCAUACAGUUUGCCACUACCAGAGCUUUGUUUCCUCAAUCUGGCUGACAAUAAGGUCUGUAUAUUGUCUGGAUAUAUUUGGGAAGACUAUACUGUGAGUCAGUGAAGUCACUUGUGUCUCAUUAUUGCCUCCAGAUUGUUGAGGAAGAAGCGCUGUUGUCUGUGGCCCUGUUUCCUAUGCUCAGUGAGAUUGUUAUUCACUCCAACCCACUGACCACACAGAGAAGUGGUAUGUUGACUCUCUGUACUUAUGUGAAGCCUUUAUUAGAUAUAAAUUUGCGCUUUUGUUAAAUAAUCUAUUUAAGUAUGAACACAUACAUUUUAUUAAAGGUCUACUGCAGACGUUUGUAUCUCAAUAUCAAAUCAUUCUGUGUAACAAUUAAGUACCUUGCUGUGAUUGUUUUCAUUUAAUAUAGUAAAAAAUAUUUAAAAAAAAUAGCUUCUUAGCAAAGAGCAAUUUCUCAAGAAAAAUUUUAGCUAGGACUGUCUGGGAGUGGUCUGAGUGGGGAGGGGAACACUGAAAACUAGCUGUUGGCAGAGAGAUUUGGAACUCUCUUUCUUAUUGGCUAAUUUACCGCCUGGUGAUGUCACCAGGAAGGCCAAUACUCCAUCCCACCAAAACAGGCUGAAGUUUCAGGCGGUCUUUUCAAACAGCUGGUACACUAAAAGGGCAUUUCUCAUAAUUUUCACAAUUUCACAGUAUUGUUCCUAACUCAUAGUGUAGAAAUAUAUAUAAAACACAGGAAAAUCAUUUAUUUUGACUGAACUGGGCCUUUAUCUUAAAAAUGUUUGCUUAUCAUUAAUUGUAUUUCCAUCCAGGUGACCCACCACUGCUGACAUACUUCCUCCAGGAAAGGUUGGGUAUUAGAAUUAGGCGCAAGAAGACAUCAGAAGUUGUGAAGCCCCCUUUGAUAUUAUGUAUUGACUCAAAACGAAAGGUUUGAAUGCAAUAUUUUUUAUUCACAUUUAGGCAUAGCACAUACUCAUUCAACUAGGAAGUAAGAUAUAACUGCACGUUUUUGACUGCACAUUCUUAGUUUUCAUUUAAAUAUUUUUCAAACACAAUGAAUUUUUCAUCAUUCGGGUCUGACAGAGACUAACUUUUGAUAUUGAAACUAAUUGAGGAACAUUCAUAUUUUUCUUUUUCUUUAGGUAAAAACGAAAAUUCCAAAGGUACCAAAGGUGCCUUUACUGAUUCUCCUUGAAGCACCUUGUAGUCCUGCCUUACAUGAUCCUGUCUCUCUGGAGGAGAAGCAUGUUGAAGAUCACUGUACGAGUCCUCUCUCAGUAGAGAGAAAGUCAACCGAAAAGUCUGGCUGUUCCUCACACGCAAUGGAUAAGGAAAAUAGACCGGAAUCUAUGGGAACUGCUCAUAGAGUUGAGGCAAUAGAUGGUGCAAUAGAAUCAUCAGAUGAUACAUUCCAACAUGCAGAGUCAUUCUUUGUGACCCAGGUGAUUUGCAUGGUCUCUUUCAUGACAUUCAGGAGGAUAGUUAUUUGCUUUGUGGUUUAACAUGCCUAGGUACAGUAUGGUGACAUGAGUAUAAUAGUUCACUUGUUAUUCUCAGGUGACAGAUUUACAUGAUGAAUCUGAAUACCAUCUGCUAUCUGACGAGACAGAAGAAGUCAAAGAGAUUGAGGAGAAAGAUGAGUCAAAUGCAAUUCUAGGAAAAUUCAGAGGCUUUGAAUUGCUAUUGGAUGCCAAGCCAGAUCCAGACAUGGUGGAGCCUGUUGGUGAGGAGGACCCUUUUAUGAAUAGUUUAAGUAGAAUUUUCCUACGAGUCAAAGGGAUUGUGUGCAAUUUCAAUGCUGCACUCCCUUAAGGAAUGUAAUGUUAUGUGUUCUACAGGACUACAACAUGCUGUGAGAAUGUUGGAACAAAAACUCAAGAAUCUCCUCGUUUACAGAGAUUCCAAACCUAAUCUUGAUUGCCUGCAGAAACCAUAUAAAGAGAAGGAGAAAAGGGUGAGCUAUGUGAAUAACAGUCGAAGCACAUGCCUGCUAGUGAAAAUUUCAUAUGAUCUUAUCUGUUACAGGUUACCUGCUUCAACCAGCUGAGUUGUGUGUCAGUCAGCCAUAUUUAAUAAUAAAACAAAAACCUUUAAUUCUCAGAUUGUAAAUCUACCAUCUCUGAGACCAAGAAAGCAGAGAGGAGAAAGAGUUGAAGAGAUGCUCAUACAAAUAAAGGAGAGGAAAACAAUCAGCAAAAUCCCUCUAAGUACUAAACCUCUUUUUAUCCUCAUCAAUAACAUGGGAAGUGAAUAUCUAUCUAUUAUAUGUCAUAUUCUUUGUUGAAUAUGUAAUCCUGUUCUUUCAUAGCCAAAGUCUUAGAAGGCAAGGGCUUCUUCAAGGAAGAGUAUGAAGAGGCUUUGACUUUGCUGAGGGAUAUGAAGAAAAGGUACAAGAUGGUUCACAUGAAGGCAGUGGAGCAAGCAACACGUACUGAGUGUGAGAGGACCACCAACCACAAGUAGAGAAUCACAAACUUUGUUACUUUCAUGAAAUAUGAACAUUAAACAAUUAACCAA